CGGAAGUCCGAGUAACUUUGGACGCUACAUUAGUAUUUUUAUUUAAGAUCUAGUCUAGAUCUAGAUCUGGUCUUCAAACUUUAUGUUUUCAUUUUUCAACAGAACCUUUUAUUGACUGAUCAUGUUAUUAACGCAGUAAUUGUUCACAAAAAAAAUCAAUUAUAUUCACUCACUAAACGAUAAUCAUGUAGGUCAGCGUCACUACUUCCAGAAUCUAUUUUUUUCAGGACAAUCACAUUGAAUCAGUCACUGUCAAUCACUUGAAUCACACACUGUCACACAGUCAGUGUCGACAGUGACAAUAUAAUAAUAAAUAAAUAAAUAAUAACAUUCACAGACUGUUUCAUUCUUUACUUUAAAUUAGAAACUAAUAUUAAUGGAGAAAUCUCAGUGGCAGUCAUCAACAAGUUUAAAAUCUGUUGCUUCAGAUGGAUUGGUUCAUCGUAUGCUGGAUGGACUUGGGAGCAACAAGUACCAUGCAGUGGACUACAACAGCAUGCGUGCAGCCAUUUCUCAGAAACGUUUUGCCUCCAUCAAAGCUUCAAUGAAGCUGAAUGAAAUAGAGAAGUCAUCUCAACAGCACAAAGAAAACAGUAUUUUGAAACAACAUCAACUUGUCUGGCAGAAAGAAUUUAUUCGACUUCAACACUUACGCAAAAAGGCAGAAAUUACAGUGGAGUCUCACAUGAGGACAAACCUUAGCUCUGAUAUGUGUGGCCCUCUCUAUAAAGAGAUUGACUACUUUGAUGGCAGCCUUGAGGCAGAUUUUGAAGGUUUUAAGAAGAACACGGUUGAGCCAGUUUGGAUGAUGAGAGAUGAUUUGAAAUAUUGGUUGAGUGAACAUCGUGAGGAGCUCAAGUAUGGCAACCCAGACAUUAUAGAGAAACACAGGGAGAUAACCAAAACUAUAGACAGUGUCAAAGGUCAACAGCAAAGUAUUCAAGAGAAACUGCAAUAUGAAGAGGAAUGUCUGGAGGCAGAGCUUCAAUCAGAUUUGCUUUUAGAGUUGUGCCCUCCUGCUUUACAGAAACAUGUGGCAGUCCAUCCUGGCAUUCCGCAAGAAGCCAUGGAGCUUGAAUGUCCUGACCCCAACUUGAAGUCGGAUGUUUUACAAGAGUUUCUCAUUAUUGAUGAAAGAUACCAAACAAUGAUAGAGGAGCUGAAGAGGAAACAUUCUUUCGCUAUGAGCUCUGAUGAUGGCUGGGAGGAAGACGAGCAUUUUAAGUUUGUGGCAGUCGUGGACCAGUACCCAAGAGAAAUGAUGAACCGCAGGAAACUUUUAUUAGAUCGACUUAAAAAACAUUUACCAACAAAGUCAUUUGCAGAGCUGUCACGUCAUGAAGAUUGGUGGACAGACUGCAAGUAUUUCCAUGAGAGGCUGAAGGUCGCUUACUUUGAGUGGGCUCGAGACAGGCGAGAACUUUUACACAAAGCUCAAAUGACCUUUGCUGAAGUCGCUGUAGCGCAAGAACUCGAGGAAGUCCGCAAUGAAUACCAUCAUCGUCAGAAACAGUUUUGUCAAAUAUUAUAUGAGAAAGUGAAAGAGUGGAGAGAGAGAAAGAUGGAAAUGAUGCACUUAGAAGCUCAGUUAAAUGAAGAGAGACAGAGGCAGGCGUUAGAACAAAGACUGCAGGAAGAAGAGAGUGAGAAGAGAAGGAGGAAUAAAGAAAAAGAAAAUAUUCAACGCUAUCAUUUUGAGCAAGAAAAACAGAGAAGAGAUACAGAAGCUGCUGCAGAGCAAAGACUUCAAGAACUCAAAGAGUUGAUGGAAAAACAAGCUGUCUAUGACAGAGAGAGAAUUAAGUACAGAGAAGAACAAAUCAGCGAAAAACUGGAAGAAAGAAAACAGAAAGAAAUAGAGAAAGUCAAAGAAGAAGAAGAAAUGCAAGCUAGGCUUGAGGCUCUAAGAUCCAAGGUCAGAGUUAUUGCAGAGAGUGAUCCCCUUCGAGCUCUUCAAGGCACAAAGGCCUGGGAAGCUCAUCUCAAGCAAGAAGAGUUCCACGAGUCAGCCAUGUUAGAACCUUUGUUCAAAGUGAACAGCUACACAUCGAAGCAGAUAACAUCAGACCACAGAAUUCGACUUGAGCAGAAGUUACGAGAAGCUGGUUUACAUAAUACCGAGUAUGCUCGUUCGAUGAUAAGAAAGGCAACUCCUCCACUGAAGCCUCGCAAAGAUCUCUUUCACACAUUUAAAUUUCAAGAUGAUCCAUGAGUGUGGAGCUAUUGUGUGUGUGUGUGUGUGUGUUCCAUUGAGAGUGUUCAGGUGUUCAAUUAGGUUGUGUGUAUCUGUGUUCUAAGAGUGCACACUUCUGUUUUAAAGUGAAAUGUGCACUCGCCGAGGCUAAUUUUAUAAUAACUCUAAGAUAUAAACAAGUAAUGUGAAAUAAAGACAUUGUCAAUACUGGAUGUGAGAAUAAAAUUCAUACAAUAUUAGAAAAAAAGAAUAUGUCCUUUUGAUCUCAUGUUUGUCAAGAAGACUUUAAAAUUGUCAUAUACAUGCAAACUAUUUCAUAUGGACAUGGGUCCAAUAGACAUAUGUCCUGUGUCCUAUAGUCAGACAAUGUGUCUUAUAGACAUUUGUCCCAUAUGCCA